GAGGCCCGAAGAUAAAACGUAGCGGUGGGGUCAAGGGUUGCUGAAGACCUGUCUGAACAGUUUCUGAAUGUUUGUAGAAUAAAUUUAAUAUCACAGUCAAAGUCCCAAAUAAGAGCCAUGACCGUCUUGGUCCUCUUUGUAUUUAAAUGUAUGAGUGCCUGCAUCAUCAGGUGAGAUGAUGGACGCUGAUAACUGGACCAUGUCCCUGGACAAUCUGUUUUUUGAGAAACCCAUAGUCCACAGAGUAAAGCCACUGCACCAGGAGGCCAGUGCGUGGCAGCUGGAAGCGCCUCCGUCUCUCACACAUAUUCCAUCCACUCAGGAUAUGCAGGAGGAGGCAGAGUCUCUCUCUACACUAUACAGUUUUUCACAGAAACCCAAGACGUUUCUACCUCCUUUCAAAGGAAUAGUUGGCCUUAAGGGCUUACCAUCGAAAGUCAACAGUUCAUACUAUCCUAACAAUGAUGAGAUUGAGGAGUCUCAAAGUAGCAGCAGCACCACCACCAAUAGAAGAUGUGAUGAUCGUUGGGGAGGUGUGGGGUUCAGCGAUUACUCUCAGGGUGGCUGUCAGAGUGGCAGAGGUGCAGAAGAAACCCUGCAGGACUCUGGUCAUGUGACCAUCAGCCGAUUUUUGCCUCUGGACUGCAGAGAAAGCCUUCCUCUGCAAAGAAGCUUGUUUAAGGCUCAGGUGAUGACCAGUGGAGGUGACUCGUCAAACUCAAAUGACCUCAGCAGCAGCCAGACAACAUCCCGACCUCAAACUUUUCUCAGUCACGUUACCAUGACGACAAUUCCUCCUCCUCCUCAGCCGCCCCAGGCGACAGUUGGACAAGCAGCUCCUCCUUUCCCCUCCAGGCCUCCUCCCUCACCCCCUCCUCUGGAGUCAUCUGCAGCGACUAGCCAACCCCCCCAGCAGGCAGCACAUGCAAAGAUGCAGGACAAGGGCACAAAGAGAGCGUUCGUUCCGCCCCUGACGCCUCAGCCGCUCCACAUACAAGGGUCUUCAGGGUCUGGAGUUUUGCGACCAGUUUCUGAAAUACCAGUCAAGUUCAGAUCUGUCUUCAGCGAGUUCCCCUUUUUCAAUUACGUUCAAUCCAAAGCUCUAGAUGACGUUCUUUACACAAGUAAGAACUUCGUGGCAUGUGCUCCUACUGGAUCUGGUAAAACGGUGCUGUUUGAACUGGCCAUCGUUCGCCUCCUAAUGGAGACGGCAGAACCCUGGAGAGAUGUCAAAGCUGUAUACAUGGCACCAAUCAAAGCUCUCUGCAGUCAGUGCUUUGAAAGCUGGAAGAAGAAGUUUGGUCCUCUGGGUCUGAUCUGCAAGGAGCUGACCGGCGACACAGAGAUCGACGACUUCUUUGAGAUACAGGACUCCCACAUUAUUCUGACUACACCUGAAAAGUGGGACAGCAUGACGAGAAGAUGGAAGGAUAACUGUUUGCUGCAGCUAGUGAGGCUCUUCCUUAUCGAUGAGGUGCAUGUGGUGAAGGACACGACUCGUGGUGCUACCUUGGAAGUUGUGGUGAGCAGGAUGAAGGCAGUGCAUAGCUACAGGACGUCACAGAAUCCAGAAGCAGGCCUCUUUAUGAGAUUUGUGGCUGUAUCAGCUACCAUACCCAACAUAUGUGAUAUAGCAGACUGGCUGUCGAAUGAGAGCGGCCCUGCCACAUAUCUGGAAAUGGAUGAGAGCCACCGUCCAGUGAAGCUGAGGAAGGUGGUGUUGGGAUUUCCCUGCAGCCCAAACCAAACAGAGUUCAAAUUUGACUUGUCUCUUAACUACAAGAUGGCCAACAUCAUACAGACUUACUCUGAUCAGAAGCCUGCAUUAGUGUUUUGUUCUACGAGGAAAGGAGUCCAGCAGUCAGCGACAGUUCUGGCCAAGGACGCUCGAUUCAUAAUGAGCAUCGAACACAAGCAAAGGUUAAUGAAAUAUGCAAACUCCAUUCUUGAUUCAAAGCUGAGAGAUCUGGUGAUGUUAGGAGUUGGUUACCACCAUGCCGGAGUUGACUUGCCUGAUAGGAAGCUAAUUGAAGAAGCCUUCACCCUGGGAGACCUGCCCGUCCUCUUUACCACUAGGACUCUGGCCAUGGGGGUAAACCUUCCAGCUCACCUGGUGGUCAUUAAGUCCACCGUGCAGUAUACAGCAGGCUCCUGUGAGGAGUACAGUGAGGCUGACCUGCUCCAGAUGAUAGGUCGGGCUGGGAGGCCACAGUUUGACACAUCAGCUACUGCAGUGAUCAUGACCAAGAUUCAAACCAGAGACAAGUACAUGAAGCUUAUGAAUGGCGUCGAGGUCAUUGAGAGCAGCUUGCACAGUCACUUGGUGGAGCACCUGAACGCUGAGAUUGUUCUCCACACCAUCAGCGAUGUCAACAUGGCUCUGGACUGGAUCCGCUCCACCUUCCUCUACAUCAGAGCCCUCAAGAACCCGACACACUACGGUUUCUCUGCCAACUUAGACAGAUAUGGGAUAGAGGCAAAACUGCAAGAACUGUGUCUGAAGAACCUCAACUCUCUGUCCUCCAUUGGUUUGAUCAAUAUGGAUGAGGAUAUCAACAUCAAACCAACAGAGGGUGGCAGAUUGAUGGCUAGGUAUUGUGUUGCCUUUGACACCAUGAGACAGUUCAGUGAAGUGGCCGGCACUGAGAACCUGUCUGACCUGGUCGAGCUGGUCUCGAGGAGCAGAGAGUUCAGUGACAUUCAGUUGAGAAUGAAUGAGAAAAGGCCCCUAAACACUUUGAACAGGGACACGAACAGGGUGACCAUCAGAUUUCCCCUUGAAGGAAAGAUCAAAACCAGUGAGAUGAAAGUGAACUGCUUGAUUCAGGCUCAGUUGGGCUCCAUCCCAAUUCAAGAGUUUGGACUAACACAGGACAUGGCAAAGAUCUUCAGGAUUGGGAUGCGCAUCAGCAAAUGUCUCUCUGAGUUUCUGAUUCAACGAUCCAAGACUGGUUUCUGUGUCGUGCUCAACUCCCUUAUCCUGGCUAAGUGCUUUAGGGCCAAGCUUUGGGAAAACUCACCCUUUGUGUCCAAACAGCUCGACAAGAUAGGCCUCUCUCUUUCAACUGCCAUGGUGAACGCUGGACUCACCACUUUCGAAAAAAUAGAGCAAACGAACCCCAGAGAGCUUGAGCUGAUUCUCAACAGACAUCCACCAUUCGGAAAUCAAAUCAGAGAAUCUGUCAUUCACCUCCCAAAGUAUGAAGUUAUUUUGGAGCAGCUUCCCAGGUACAGCAGUGCCACAGCAGAGCUUGUGGUGAAGGUGAACUUAAAAAACCAAGCGCAGCUGCUGUCGAGGAGAACAGCUGAAAACCGCCACCAUGUCUCUCUGAUCAUCUCAGACUCUGACAACACUGUAGUCUUCCUGCAGAAACUCACGGAUGUGGUUCUGCUGAAAAGUGGCAGCUGGUCGAAGAAGAUUGAUGUGGCAAAGGCCUCGAAGGGGGAGGAGAUCAGUGUCAAUCUAAUCAGCUCAGAAUAUGUGGGCAUUGACAUCCAGCAGAAGUUCAGUGUGUACUACUCUGCAGCCAAGAGGUUUGAGACUGGAAAUCCAUACAACAUAGGACCCGUUCAUGCUGGACAGAGUCCACAGCGCUCUGCGCUGAAACCACUGUCAACAAAUCAGCCUGCGACCCAGAGGGGAGAUGUCACAUCUGAUUUAGGAAAUGUGAGACAGUGCAACCACUUCUGCAAGAAUAAGAAUCUCUGUGCCCACGACUGUUGUAAGGUAGGUGUAACUGUGGCACGAAAGAGGUCAGUGAGUCAAGAUUCCAGUUUCUCUUCUUAUUUGAAAGACCUGAGGAGCAGGUGUGACACACUUGUGGACACCCCAGUGAAACGACUCAAGAUGAAAAUGAAUGAGGAGUCUGUAUCUGUCAGAAUGCAGGAGUUUGCUUACAAACCCAAAGAGAUGCUCCCUCCAGCUUCCUGGUACGGAGGGAGUUCCUAUCACUCCUUGGCCAGACUUCGCUCUGACGCUGACCUGACUGGUGAAGACUCUGCUCAACUGCCAGACAUAAUUUGUCUGGACGACCUUGACGGGGAUCGUGAUGACUAUGUGGUGGGAGAGUCUGACCAGAGCCUUGCUGCUCUCCAUCCUCCUCCUCCUCAACGUUCCUCUGCGUGGAUGAAGCCAAAAAUGAGUUGUGGGAGUCAGAACUCUAAGCAGCAUCCAAACCGGAUCGAUACAGCCGGCUUGGCUUGUUCAAACCACCUCGUCGCUGUGACGGAGCAGAGAGCUCUCUGCAGGAGUGCUUCAUCUCUUCAAAUACCAACUGUCAACUUUGACCUUGGAGAUGAAUGGGACGACUGGGGCGACUUUGAUGAUGAGAACUUGGUGCGUGCCUGCGAGACGACCUCGGUCACACGUACAGCAAAAGCUAAACCUCAGAUCCAGCAGCGUGUUGAGCGCAACAUGCCAGCCUUCACUACUACAUCAGCACCAGUAUUCCUUGGUUACUCACAAGCCAAACCCUGUUCAGCUUCUGUCACUACACCACUGAGGCUGAUUUCAGCGAAUGUGAGUCCUGCAGUUGGAAAACGGGGACCCUCACCGGUCAGUCAGACAUUCACACCACAGAAAAGAGUCACACUGGACUGGAAUAAAAAGAAGCCAAACUUUUUUAGUGAAUCUGUCAUAGUGAAAACACCAGAAAAUCUCCUAAAAGAGCCCCAUGGGUCCCAAGUGACCAGACGACUGGAUUUCUUCUCACCUGUAAACGUUGCAGCCAGAGGCACCUCAUUUACCAACAGAAGCACCGACAGCAAAGAGGAGGAAGCUUUCCUUGGCAUAUUUGAUGGUAUAUUUUAGAGGUACUGAAAGAAGGGCUUUCUUUAUUUGUUCUUUCUUUCACCUUUGAGGUUUGUGUUUGUUGAGUUGUAGACUGUUGGGAUUUCAUGUCAACACAAAUGCAUUCAUUCAUGCUUGUUACUAAUGUGGUCCUAUUUCGCUUGCAUGUAUUCAAUUGUUUAUUUAAUAAAGGCUGUUUAAUUGG